AUGGCUUCACGUCCCGUUGUGUUAUGCUACUCUUCCUUUACCUCUCCAGUACCGGCCUUUGACUUGUUCUUCGAACUCGCACCAGCCUACGAAGGCGAUUUUACACUACUGGAUGAAGUAGCCGUGACCGAUCUCAGUGAAGAUGAACGAGCAAAGAUAGAAGGGAUAUUAGUCUCUACCGGGGCAAUUAACCGUACUCACCGUAAGGUGGGAAAAGAGAUCAUAAACUUGCUACCAAAUUUAAAGGUCAUUAGCACUCCAAGCACGGGUAUAAAUCACAUUGACGUACAAGCAGCCACAGAUCGUGGUAUUCGUGUAGGCCGAAGUCCUGGGCAUUUUCCAAGUGACGCUGUGGCCGAAUUUGCUUUCGGAUUGUUAUUGGCGUCUGCGAGGUCGAUUGUGCUGGCUAAUGAGAUCGCUAGAACGACUGUUUUCUCAUCAGGCCAGGUAAGUAAGCAAUAACUUUAACUGAAACCGGUAUACGUUAUGGGGCGCCCAAUGUAAAAAUAUUAUUUAGGCAAUAUUUUUCUAAUUUUUGUGCCCUGGGUAAAAUAUUAAAGAUACAAGCGCUAGCUUGAUCCGCGCGAAGACGGUCCUGAAAAGUGGACGAGUGGUGGAUGAUACCUCAAGGGGAGUAUUUUAGUGGGGAAAUAAAAGCAUAAUGUACAAAAAGGGGGUUGCAAAGUUAUCUUCUUAUGUCUUUUACAUUUAUAAAGAAGGUAGACUUUCAGUUCCAUUGAUUAACUGAGAGGGGUGCAUGUAGGAAUUGAUUUGGGGGAGUCUCCAGGGUUAAAAAAGAGAUCUGGAGUUACUAAAGGGUAGGGGCUCCACAUGGGGGUGUAUUAAAUACUGACGGACCCCACUCCAAGAUCUGAAAAUGAAAAGAUAUUCUGCUACUGCUAGCUCUCUCCCUUGACCUGCUUGUAAUUGCCUUCUUUUCUCCACCACAGUGUGUAUGCAGUGUAUGCUCUGCACGAAUGCCUGCCCUGAGAGCUUGUUUCCCAUGGGAGGGGAGCUACUUAACAAAGUUUUUUACAAUUUUUGACGUAAAAGGUACCCCUUUUCAUUUAACAUCCACUUAAAAAUGGUACCCUUUUAACAUAGCUUCUUAAUUGAAAUAGAUAAAAAGCUAAGCUAACAAUAUAUAAUUAUUGCUAGAGCACAGUUCUUUUGUGAACGAAGCAGUCCUUCGCUGCACUGCAACGAAACUGACAGACUGAGCAAGAUGUUCAUACUAUUGUGAGAAAAAAAAAGGCAAACCUUAUACUAGUGCCAAGUAACUAUUCUCCUAUAAUGGUGGGCUUACUUUUGGAAAGUUUUAUCUUGGUGAUGUGUGCUUUCCUAAUGUGCUUGUUGUGCCCUCUUUCCAGCCCAUGCACAUCUUGGUUAUGUUAAUCUCAAUGGCUGUAUUUAUACAUGACGACUUCUAAGAUUUCUGCGUAAAUUGAACAUGUGGAUGUUAUGCAAAUUCAUCUGCUACAAGGCAAACAAAUGGGAUGCUUAACUUUCCACAGUAAGACCAAUAUGUAAUUAUGGGAAACUUCCUACACCAAUAAUAAUGAUAAUAAAACAAGAUUAUGACAAUUAAAAGCAAUAUUAUUGUUUUUAUAUCAAGCCCUUAUUACUGAAACGUUACCACUUGACUGUUUGCAAUUAGCAAAAAAUAGGAAUGUUCAGCCCUAUACAGCAAGUUACUGGUUCUACUCUGGGCAUUAUUGGUUUUGGGAAUAUUGGAAAAGCAGUUGCUGAAAAAGCAAAAGGAUUCAAAAUGGAGAUCUUGUACUACAGUCGCACUCGGAAAGAGGAUCAAGAGAAACACUUAGGUAAAAUUUUUUGUGACCAUCAUCAUUCUAUGUCAUUUCCAUGCCCAGUGGUGCAUAGGGUACAGACAAAAGUUUGUCAUUUAGACCUUCUUUUGGCUUCUGAAUAUUAGCUCUUCUCAACCUAACCUCCAGCUCCUGGCAAAGAGGAGUUUUCCUGGAAACCGUUCGAUUCGAUACCAAGUUGUUUCAAUACAAGUCAUUUCGAUACAAACUAAAGCAUUGCAAUUGUAGUAAAAUUUAGACCACUUCAAGUAUACCGUAUUUUCUCGAAUAAUAGCCAUCCCUUGAUUUGAUUAAUCGGCUCCCUCGAAUAAUCGCCCCCCUUUGAUGAAAAUAUUUAAAAUAAUCGCAGCCCCCCCCCCCCGCCCCUCUCACUCUCGUCUCUUCCUUUUAUCCCCUUCGCCCUGUCAAAAAUAACCUGAAAGAAACUUGGAAACUAAUCAAUGAUGUAAUCAACAAACCGAGCAGAAAAGCAGCUCUGCCAAAUUCCUUUUUCUCUGAUGGAAAACUGUUAAAUGAUCCACAAGAAAUAGCUAACUGCUUUUGUAAGUUCUUCACCAACAUAGGUCCGAAUUUAGCAAGGAAAAUUCCAGACACACAAGUAUCUUUUCGUAGUUUUCUUGGCGUUUCUGUUAAUGAGUCGCUUAUCUUAAAUCCAACUAAUAUUUCGGAACUAAAUCAAAUAUGCAACUCUUUUAAAUCUGGAAAGUCGCCUGGAUAUGAUAACGUUUCAAUGGAUAUAAUAAAAGCACCUUUGAUCUCAUUUCUCAGCCUUUGGCCAAUGUAAUCAAUUUGUCUCUUAUUAAAGGAGUAUUUCCUGAUGAACUGAAAAUUGCUAAACUGAUUCCGGUAUUUAAAGCUGGUGAUUCCCAGUAUUUCACUAACUACCGUCCAAUUUCGCUUCUUUUCUAAUUUUUCUAAAUUCUUUGAAAGAGUUAUGCACAAUCGUAUUACAAAUUUUUUAGAUCGUUUAGAUAUCUUAUACUGUUGCCAAUUUGGAUUUCGUAAAAAAUAUUCUACAGCGCUGUCUUUAAUUCAUCUUAUUAAUAAAAUUGCAACUGCUAUUGACAGAAGCGAAUAUACAGUUGGCAUAUUCUUAGACUUAUCAAAAGCAUUUGAUACUUUAGACCAUCAAAUACUCUUGUCUAAGCUUGAGCAUUAUGGGAUUCAUGGGCUAGCACUUAGCUGGUUGAAAAGCUAUUUGUCAAAUCGCGUGCAGUUCGUCCAGUACAGAGAGACUUGUUCUAUUAGGCUGACUCUGAGCUGUGGAGUCCCUCAAGGUUCUAUAUUAGGACCAUUAUUGUUUGUUUUGUAUAUCAAUGACCUCCCUUGUGCUACUCGUCUUGCUGAAACUAUGCUUUUUGCAGAUGAUACUAGUGUGUUUUAUUCUAAUCCCGAUUUAAAUUGUGCUAUUUCUGCCGUAAAUAAUGAUUUAUCUCAAAUUGAUCUUUUUAUGAAAGCAAAUAAGCUCUCUGUUAACAUAACGAAAACUAAUUAUAUCAUUUUUGCAGCAAGGCAAAACCAGUCGGCUUCCCAAUAAAUCCUGUCUUGUACGAUGAGGUUUUAUUAAAACAAGUAAAGGUAGUUAAAUUUUUAGGGGUUUUUAUCGACGAGCAUCUAACGUGGAAGCCGCAUAUUACUUAUAUAUGUAAGAAAAUUUCAAAAUCUAUUGGCGUCAUGUUUAGGUCUCGUUUCUUUCUUUCUGAAACAACAAAAAAGUCUCUUUAUUAUACCUUAAUUUAUCCUUAUUUAACAUAUUGUACCACAGUUUGGUCCUCCACUUAUGUAACAAACCUUAAUAGAAUUUUUUUCUUCUACAAAAGCGAGCAGUACGAAUUAUUACAAAUGCAGAUUUUCGCGCGCACUCUGAACCAUUAUUUUUCCGUUUAAAGAUUUUGGACAUAUACAACAUUAAUUCAUUCUAUACUGCACAAUUUAUGUUUUCAUAUUAUCAUCAAUUACUGCCACCGCUUUUUUCGAACCUUUUUGUUACUAGUAGCAAUAUUCAUAAUUAUAAUACUAGAAGUUCCUCGCAUUUCCGUUCUCAUGCCUGCCGAACUAACACCAAACAAUUUUCUAUUUUGUUCCAAGGCCCUAAAAUUUGGAAUUCUUUACCAAACUCAGUCACUUCGAUUUUUACAUUGCAAUCGUUUAAAACGAAAGUUUUUGAUUUUCUACUAUAUCGAUAAUGCGUCUUGUACUGUCCGUUGUUGUGUGUUGUUAUAGUUCUAUUGCUUAAUAUUAUUGUAACGAGGGGGCCUCCUCGUACAAGCCUUGUGGUUUUCUGAGGUCCCCUCGCCACAUCUUUGUAUAAUGUAAUGCUUGUGUAAUCUUUAUUGUGGGAAAAUAAUAAAUAAAUAAAUAAAUAAAGUUGAAGUGGAAUGAGAUUCAGCAAAACUGACCAGUGACGAUUCAAACUCAGAAAAUUAAUCAAGGAACUAAAUUUGGAACACUUAGAAAGCCCAUGUUCAGUUUAUUUGUUGUGAUUAUUUUCUAUUUUUGUGGGAAAAUAAAAUGAUAUAUUUAGGGCACGACUUCCAGUGAGCAAUAUUUGAAAUAAUCACCUCCCUCGAAUAAUCGCCCCCUUUUUGUGCGAAAAAAGAAAUAAUCGCCCUCCGUUACUAUUCGAGAAAAUACGGUAGUUUGCAUGUGAACAAGAAAAACAGUUGGGGUGAAUAUUCUUCCUUUUCAAAGCCAAGUAGAUGAAACUUUUUACGCCUCGACUGAAUAAACUUGUCUCAAAACCACUUGUAUUGAAACAACCAGUAACUGUUUUCUGAACCUUCCUUUCAGCCCCUGACAUGGCUGAAUGUCUUGUUCACAUUACAAAAACAGGUGGUUCGCCCCCAGCUCAACCCCAAUCCUGAAGGAACUGGGAAGGGGUGUAUGGAGUAAGGCCCUAAAAGACCCCUGAUUGGAUGUUAAAUUCUCCCUUUGGUUUCCAAACAUACACAAGGAAAAGUGGAAGGAGAAUUUAGUAGUUAGCUGUCUGAAGUCACCCGCAGCCUUUUCCCUGGCAAUCUUUUAUUUAACAAUGAAUGUGGCUCUGAUUAAAACCUUUACUUAGCUCAGAUGAUCUUGUUAUUGACUGAUGAUGAUGUUAACUUACUAUUCAGCUCGUUUACUUCAACCUUCCUUAUUAAUUUGAAAGGGACAUAAAAGAACCCACAGUUCUGUUAAAAAAGAGCAGGGAAGUAGUAGGUAGACUGUUAUUGGUGCAUAGUAAUUGCCUUUAUGCUGUUGCUGUUACCUAGACAAUGUUUGGCCAAGCAAAACAAAAUUAAAUAAGAAGUAUAUGAUUGUAAAACGUUAAAUAGACCACUUCAUACAACUAAAACAAAACAGGUCCAAAAUAAUAUAGUUAAAAAAUAAUAAUUAUUGUUGUGCCAUUAUUACUUUUGGUAUGCAUUUUAGGUGUUUCAUUCUGCCCAGACUUGAAGAAACUUUUGCAAGAGUCAGACUUUGUCAUUUUAUGCUUGCCAUAUACUGAUCAAACCAAGCAUAUCAUUUCAUCAAAGGAACUAUGUCUUAUGAAACCCACAGCCACACUGAUUAAUGUGGGUCGUGGGGGAACUGUCAAUCAUGAUGACCUGAAAGCCGCAUUACAAAAUGGAGUCAUCAGAGGUGCCGCACUGGAUGUUACAGAGCCAGAUAGUCUUCCGAAAGACCAUCCUCUUUUUACAAUGCAAAAUGUGAUCAUCACCCCACAUAUCGCUUUUUAUACAGAGACUUCAUUGGUAAAAAUGUUAACAUCUGCUUUGGAUAAUUUAAGGGCAGGAGGUGAAGAAUUACCUUAUCCUGUGAAUUAA